AUGUCUGCUUUAUUAAUUAAAAAUCUAUUGAUGCUGUUAAGUAAGUAUUUUCCUACUCCUGAAGUGGGUGUAGUUCCUGAGACUAUUAAAGAUCAUAAUGUAGUUCCACAAGAUAAUAGAAGAACUAAUCAGACCAAGGCAACACAAUCUGACACGUCUCCUGAUACAAAAGUUGCUAGUAAUUCCUCUUUGCAACCUUUAUCACCUCAAGUUAAAGUACAUGUUCCUGUUCCUAAAGACUUAUUGACAAACUUUAGCUCAAUGAGAACAUGUUAUGGAAGGAUGUUCUACAAUGUUAGCAAGAUCAUUAAAAUACAACCUCCUCCUUUAGAAGAAAUAAAAGAAUUGCUGUCUUGUCGUAGCAUUGUUCUUAGACAAAAAGCAGAGCAAUGUGCUAAUAUUCCUAGUGUCUUGUGUCUUAUUCAAAAUGAGUGUUCACUAACUGAUAUUGAACUCCUUCAUAGUGUAGUGGAAGAUAUGAAAAUUACUGAAGCUACAGGAUACAUUGAGACAUAUAGAACAGAGUUAAAGGAAUUCUGCAAGUCACUCUCCAUCAGUCUUUGUUUAAAUGAAAGAUUUGCUUCCAUUCCUUCGUUUCAAUGUGAAACAGUUACUCUUGUAUUUGACUGGGAGCCUGAGGAACAUGUCCUGCAGGAUAUUAAGGAUAUACUAUCGAAAGUUACUUCUUAUAUUAUACUUAAAGAAGCUGAAUAUAAACUAAGACAUGCUAUCAGUAGCAAAGAGAAGGAAACGAUUAAAUUGAAACAAGAACUAUUAAUGAUGAAAGUACUGGAGGAAGAAUCAUUGUCUGUUCAAAGUGAUACUGAAUCAAUUAAAGAAGUUGAGGAAGAACCACUUUAUGAAGAGUUGACUGUAUUGAGCUCUCAGUUUAAUGAGAUAAAAGAAGAAAACAAAGAACUGUCAGAUAAAAUAUUUAAAAUGAAGGUUGAGUAUUUGAGAUUACUUACACUUUCUAGUAAUACUGAUUCAGAUUUGACAAAUGUUGAAGACAAAGACAUGGAGCGUAUUGUAGCAACCACACAAUCAGCUCUUGAAGAUGACGAACAGGACACUGGAGCACCUUACACUCUUGAGAAAUACUCGUAUGUUGAAGACAAAGACAUGGAGCGUAUUGUAGCAACCACACAAUCAGCUCUUGAAGAUGACGAACAGGACACUGGAGUGCCUUACACUCUUGAGAAAUACUCGUAUGAGUACUUUAGAGAGCCAAUGUCUAGAUUUCCUGGCUUCAUUCGAGGUGCUCUGAGAAAGAAUUCAGCAGAGACAGAGAUAUGGGCCCACGUGAGGGAGCCAAUCAAGAAAGCAUUGCUCAAGAGUAUUAUCCUUAACAUGUCCUCACCUAUCUUGAAGUAUAUGGGAGAUUAUCCUUCCAAGAAACUAAGGCUUAGCACAGAAUUGACUGACCAAGUUUUUGAGCAUGCUGUAUCUCAUGAAGUAUUAAGGGAUGAAGUUUACUGUCAAAUUAUAAAACAAUUGACGUUCAACAAAUUAAGAUUUAGUGAAGAGAGAGGUUGGGAGCUCCUCUGGCUGGCCAGUGGUCUGUUUCCAUGCAGUCAAGUUCUUUAUAAAGAGGUCAACCAGUUCCUGAGGUCACGUAUCAAACGAUGGCUGAUUGCUGCUGACAUUCAACAGCGAUUAUACAAAUCCACUCAAUCUGGCGCUAGACAAUAUCCACCCCAUUUGAUUGAAGUUGAUGCAAUUCAAAACAAGACAACACAAAUAUUCCAUAAAGUGUUCUUCCCUGAUGACUCAAGCCAGGCUUUUGAAAUUGAUUCAAGCACAAGGUCACGUGAUUUCUGUGCAACAAUAGCAGAGAGACUUGGUCUAAAGUUCAUAGUAGGUUUCAGUUUAUUUGUAAAGAUUGGAGACAAGACUAUCAGUGUACCUGAGACUGAAUUCUUUUUUGAUUUUGUGCGUCAUCUGACCAAAUGGUUUAAGAGAGCUAGACGCAAAGAUGCUAAUCUUAAUCUCACUUACAAACUUUUCUUUAUGAAGAAACUGUGGGUAAACAUGACCAUAGGCAAAGACAGAAAGUCAGAUGUGAUAUUUCACUAUCACCAGGAGCUCCCUAAGUAUCUGAGAGGUUAUCACAAGUGUACUCGAGAUGAUACAGCUCUUCUUGGUUCUUACAUUUAUCGUGUUAAGUUUGGGGACACUAGAUCCCACUUUGGAGAAAUACCUCAAAUGUUGCGUGAGCUGAUACCCCAUGACAUGCUGAGGGAAUUCCAUCCGGAGGACUGGAAAAGAGCCAUUGUUGCUAAUUUCAGUCGUCAUCAUACCAAAUCUUCAGAAGAGGCAAAGAUAAGUUUCCUCAAGUAUGUGAGCAGGUGGGAAACUUUUGGAUCCACAUUCUUUGAAGUCAGGCAAAUAACAGAGCCUCGCCUACCUGAAAUCUUACUCAUUGGCCUUAAUAAAAAUGGUGUCAUGUUGAUAGACCCAGCAAAUAAAGAUAUACUGGCCACUCAUCCGUUCACUAUGAUCACUAAUUGGAGCUGUGGGUCUAACUAUUUCCACAUGACUAUAGGAAACCCAAUUGAAGGCAGUAGACUGCUCUGUGAAACAUCUCUGGGUUACAAAAUGGAUGAUCUGUUGACCUCAUAUAUAUCUCUUAUACUUGCUGAAAUUAAAAAGAAGAAUCCAGGAGCUGUGGGAGGAGCUGGCAGCAGACGCUAAAAGGGAAAUUUUUAUAAAAGAGAACAAAGA